CUGAAGAACAAAGGCAAGUCAAUUGUCUUGCAGGCAUCAUGCAUGCUCUGCACAAACUUCUGCUUUUUCAGGUCCUGACAUCUCUCGGACAAAAUGCUCUUGGUAGUGAAAUCAUAAAUGGUGAAAAGGUCCCGGACAACAAAAUGCUGUUUAUGGCCUCGGUUCAGAACAGCACAAACCAACAUAUCUGUGGAGGAUUCCUCAUCAAUGAAGACUUUGUGGUCACUGCUGCACAUUGUGAUGAUGGGAUUACAAGUGUUGUUCUUGGUACCCACAAUCUCAAGAAGAUUGAUGACAUACAUGAGAUAAUAAUGAGAUACAGUGUGAAGAGAUGCAAGCAUCCAUCUUAUGAGAACGUUGUUAGUGGGUCUGACAUCAUGCUCCUCAAACUGUCCAAGAAAGCUCAACUGAACCAAAGAUUGCAGCCAAUUUCACUUCCAGAAACUGAGACUAAGAUUACAAAUAUAGAAACGUGCAGUGUAGCUGGAUGGGGCCUAACAAGUGUUGGUGAACCUGAUGAGCUGCAAAUGGUGAAUGUGCCCAUUGUUGACCUGGAUGUCUGUAAGAGCAAAUGGCCUAACAUGCUUCCUGAAAACGUUAUCUGUGCUGGUGGAUAUGGCACAGAUAAAGGAUUCUGUCAGGGUGAUUCUGGGGGUCCUCUGGUGUGCAACGGGAAGGCAGCUGGUGUUGUGUCUUACAACUGGAGCAAGAACUGCAGAUACCCAAAUAGGCCCAAUGUGUACACAGAUGUAUCAAAAUACCUUCCCUGGAUCAGAAAGAUGAUGACGGAUUGUUAAAUGUAACAGAUCAACAUACUCUUAUGUACUGGCUCCUUAAAUGUAAUCUCAAAACUUGAAAAAUAAAAGCUUUGUUCAUAACAAA